UUAGUAACACCUAAAAGUUUAGACCUUGUCUGGCUAUUGCCUCUAUAGAAUAAGCUUUUAAAACAUGGCACUGUGACCACACUUAAAAUAUUCCACUGCAAUUUUAAUCAUCACUUUGCCUAAAGUCAAGCCGCGCUAUUUUUUCUUAAUUCUGUUCAUCGUCGAACGGGUUUUGGCCGCCUGUUAUGGGACUUUGGUACGAAACCACCUGCCCAUCUGGAUGACGAGGCAAACACUCUCUCUGCUGGCAAAUGUUCUUUUUCAAAAAAAGCUACGAAAUCUUUGCCAAGCUUCCCUCCCUACGGUCCGGUAAGCUGUUCUCCGAAUGCACCGCUUUAUUUCCCGCUGUAGUCUCGGACACGUCGAUUCCACAAGAAGCGCUACCGGACGCCAACUACAAUCUGAAUCGACGAUCAAAGCUGAGUCGGCCAAACUCGAUAAAUUGGGAUUUGCUCUACUUUAGGGGAGCGAAAAGCCUGGUUCUCUCUCAAUCGGAGAUAGCACUGUGCCUGAAGUUGUAAUCUCUUUGCUACGCUGUAAUGAGAAGCAUUGACUUGCUGCAGAGCACCUUCCUUCCUGAUUUACCCUUUGGACAACUUGCGUUUGCCAUCCGACCGCUUGCCUCGAGCUAAUCUUAUUUCAACCAACUGACUAUUGCAAUCUAGUCUCGGCUUUCACACAAGUGACAAUGGGGUGCUUUACCUUCAUCAAAGUUAUGAUGAUCCUAUUCAACCUCUUUAUCUUUCUUGCUGGAGGAGCUCUCCUUGGUGUUGGAAUAUGGGUCAGUGUGGAUGGGGGUUCUUUCAUACAAGUCAUUGGACCAGUGUCGUCACAAGCAAUGCAAUUUGUCAAUGUUGGUUACUUUUGCAUAGCAAUUGGUGCUGUGUUAGUCCUCCUUGGAUUCUUGGGUUGCUGUGGAGCACAGAAAGAAAGCAAGUGCCUACUAAUAUUGUUCUUUGCCAUUGUCCUGAUCAUCUUUAUUGCUGAGAUUGCUGCUGCAGUUGUUGCUUUAGUGUAUUCUUCCUUUGCAGAAAGUCUUCUACGUGCAUGGGUUACUCCAGUACUGCAAAAUGACUAUGGAAGAAGAAAAGAUGUGACCGGUAUCUGGAAUACCACAAUGAGUGAAUUGAAAUGUUGUGGCUUCAGCAACUACACAGACUUUGAGAAUUCAUAUUACUUCAAAAACCACAACAAUACCUUUCCAUCACUCUGUUGCAAUUCCACAGUCCUGUGUACUGAGGCUGCAGCUGCUAAAAGCAAUGUACAGGGAUGUUUUCAUCAACUUUUUGACAUCUUGAAGGAGAAUGCUAACAUUGUAGGAGGGAUUGCAGCAGGAAUCUGUGCACUGGAGAUUGCAGCAAUGGUGGUGUCCAUGUACCUGUACUGCAAGAUUGAUAGCAAAGAAUGAAACAUGAAAGCUAACUUGGCAAGGCAUCCUUGUAACCUCUUCUGAUCUGAGAAUAACAGAACUUCUGACCUGAAAACCAGUGCCAAAUAGGACGUUUGAUACUUGAAGUUGACUCCUUCUAGCAAUGUUUCUGCACCUUUAACAAGUCAAUCUACACUCAAAUUGCUAGUGCAUUUUUAAUAUUUAAGCCCAGCAACUUGAGUCACUUGCUGAUAAAUGCAACAAUGUCAUGAUCUCAAUGCUUGUCUUUUCCUUCAUCCCUACCUCUUGGGACAUGUAUGGAAGUGAAACUCUUCUGGGAAUUAACUCCUUCCUACUGUUGUAUCUCACUUUCUCCUUUUUCAGUCUGAACAAAAGCUACACUGUCUAAAUUUAAUGAGCAUGCAGUCCAGUGCAGCAAUAUCAGUAAAGUGAUCCAGAUGUCUUGCUUGAUCUCUAGAGCAAAAUAGCAUUGGCCACAACUGGGACUUUUGCCGAUUUGUACCCUGACCAUAAGAGUAGAAUGCAAUAUUCUUGUUUUUAAGUCACUUGCUUACUGAAAGCAAUUGGAGGAAAGAUGAAUUGAUUCUUAACUGUCAACUAUUGAACUAGAUAAAUUAUUUACCAUGUACAGCAUGAGGCCUAGAUUCUUGUAUGUGUGUAUAUAUGCCAUAAGAUAUCAAGCUGCUUAGUUCAGAUUAUGAAAGCUCUAUUUCAAAAUAGCUUGCAUUUGUAUAGCCUUUAUGUAUGUUUUUGUCACUUUUUAAACUUGCAAGGCAAAUAAAGUCUAACCUUUAAAGGGUAACAGCUUUGGACUUUGUAUUCAAAGGGUCAUCUAAAAUGUAGCAUGUUUUUGUGUAUAAUGCUUUCCCACCACCUUUCCAAAUGGAUUGAGCUCUUUGCUUUUCUGUUAGUAUCCAACAUGGCAUUUGUGUGGGUGUUUGAACAAACAUUUCACUGGGGCCCAAGGGGCAUGUCCAAAACACUUCAUGUUGAGCUUUACAGGGAUGUAAAGCUUAAGAUUUUGCCUGAGGGGAAAUUGACUUGCCAUAGAGAUUUGGAAGUGUACUUUAAGUUUGAUCACUGACCAAAAAGUCCAUGUUUUCAUGCAAUUACAAGCCUAGGCAGUAAGAUCACUUGAAGUGUGACUUUGUCUCCAAGUAGUUUCUUUAAUUGGGAGGUCCAAAGCUCCUGCUUUAAAGAGCUAUAGCAUUUUGGUAAGAACUUUCAUGGCUUGCUUUAAACAGCAUAGCUUUUGGCCUACUCUUCUAGGACAGUAACUGAAUUAAAGUAUCCCUUGUCAUUGUAGAUAAUGAGCACACUAAAAAUAAUGAAUGCAUCUAGCUUUAAUGCUAACCAUGAGAUCAGUGUAAUUUCCAUCCUCAAACUACACUGUCUCUCAGGCUGGAGUUUUUUAGCAAGACUGAAGUACCACCAGUCCAGCCACUUCCCCACCAGUCGGGUUCAUAGAAUUCCCUACAGUGUGGGAACAGGCCACUUAGCCCAACCAGCCCACUCUGUCCUCUUUCAUCUUGUCUAGUUACCCCCCCCCCCUUUCAAUUUGAAGUUUUCCUGUGACGGCCAACUGAAGUUGGUGACCAGUCUUGAGCUGACAUGACAUGAUUCAUUCCAUUUAUAGUGAAUCAAUGCCACUGCUCCCUCCUCACAUCCACAGGCCUAUUAACCUGUGGAUUUCUCUUAAACCAGAGGUCUGGGACUCCCUAGUUUUGGUUUAAAAAAAACCUUUUCCAUGCAACCUGUCAAGACAGUUCCAAUGACUAUCUGAUCCAACUGCUAAAAUUAGCAGAUUAACAAUUUCACCAUGUGGUUGGUAACAAACAUUUGCCUUUGGUAAAUGAAUUAAAGAAUGAGGGAAAUAUUAAGUGGUUUACAGAUGUCUAACUUUUUGGAUUUAGGUCAUCUUGGAGUCAAAUAUGCUAUCUAAAGCUUUCUUGUCAGUCACUAUGACCACCAGUUCUGACUGUAGCCUCCAACUCCAGCCUUUUGAAGGCUGGAGCCUUAAUUUAGCCUUUUCUCAAGAUGUGGGUGUGUUUUUUUGGGGUUUUGGCUUCUAGUAUGCACAAAGGUGGGUUUUUUGGGGCAUCAGGUCCCUUUUGAACUUGCAGAAUUCUUAUUCUUGAUUAAUCCACAUUAAUCUUAACUUUAGUUCCAAAGCUGCUUCUUCCUAAUCUCUGCACAUUCCAGCCAUACUGUUUUGUUUAGGAGGGCUCAUCAGCAGGGUGGAUUUUAGCCUUUUGAACAUACACUUACUGGCUAUACCUUCAGCUACCCCUGACCUAAGCUGUGGAAUUCCCUAUUUAAAUGUUUGUUUCUACCUUUAUUGUUUCCCCAAUUCAACAACUUGGUUUGAGAUGUUUUCAUUGUAGAAAACAUAGCUUUUGGCUUUGUGCCCCUCCCUGUGGUUGUGCAUUUUAUUUUUAAUAAAGCUCCUGAAGUGCUUAUUUUGUUCUGCUUUCUGCAUAGCACAUUUGCUGUAGUUUUGAAUAGAGCCUUUAAUCAAGUCUCAUCUGCCUAAUCUUCCUAACCCUUUAUGCUAUUAUGAAGCUCCUCAGUUCAAAACAUUGGCUUGUUCAUCAGUUCAUAGCACUUUUUUGGCCCUUUGGAAAUCAGAACACCUUGCAAACACCUUGCAAACUACAUCCUAGGCUUGGAUUUUUGUAAUGACUGAGUCAAUGCUAAAGGAGGCUAAGGGAAAAAUUCCCAGCCCCAACUCCUCCUAUGGCAUGUGCAAACUUCACAGGUGUGCAACACUGGGAGUUAGUAAGACUUUGCAAACACCAGCUAUCUACAAAUCAACAACUGCCCCCAGUCGUCGAAGUUUGGGGACCCACUUGUGUGACCUGCAUGAUGUGCAUAUUAGACUUAGCAAGAAUAGGUCUGCAUUUUUGGGCAAUUCUUUAGAAAGGUAGGUACCUCGCUGAGUAUGAGUCUGUAAUACCUUCGAGAGCAAGAAGCAAGCACACUGACAUUAACUUUCAAACUCCUCGCAAUUGUCAAGAGGAACAACAAAGUCAACUGUCAAAACAACCACGAAAAGCAUCAAAGUCAAAAGCAAAUUUAAAAGGGAACUGCCUUUAAAACUCUUACCCUAUAAAUCUUUGGAAUCAUGUUAAAGGAAUGUUAAUAUGAAUGUUGCUAUUUCACUCUAUCUGUUUAUGUAAGCCUGAUGGAUAAGUGCUGCAAGAUUGAUCUGACAACCAUCCAUUAUUGUAAAUUUCCUGCUGGUUUAUGUAUUGAUUGAUAUCUCCAAGUGUUCACAGAUUUUGUGGUGUCACUUUGAAUUCUAAUAAUUGUCUUUGUAAAGGAUUAUACACUCAAGUGAAAUAUUUGUUCUUAUGAGAGAUUAUGUUGU